UUGCUUCCAAAACUUGGAGAAACUUGGAUGAGGCCAUUGCCUAUUAAAAAACAGAUGAGAAUCCUCUAUGCUCCUUUAACUUGGAGAUAUUGAUUUGCAGAGUAAACUGCAGAGAUCCUUUUCAGGAGGAGAACAUGAACCUAUAAUUGACAACUCCGCGGAACCAGUGCUCCUUGAAUCAGGCCUGUUCCUGCAGUACAUUACAGCCAUCUGAGUCGGUCUUGCCAUGAGAAGGAAGCUGGAAUAUGACUCUCUAAGGAAUGAUGCUAGUUUGUAGGUGAGCUUUCUUUUCAUACAAGUCAAGCAGCCAUUGGCAAUUCUGAUUAUUUGGCCACUGCCGUGCAAUUCCUUGAAGGUACUAUUUUUCGCUGCUAGUUGACAGCCUUCAUGAACAAGUAACAAUUGCCAUUAUUUCACAGCCCAUCCGACAAUAGUGACUUGUGAGCUCAGGGUAACAUCUGAAAACAAAUCCAAGAGAUAUGUGCUCCCUGGAGAAGCGAGGCAGCGUCUUUAUACUGACCCUAACCGGCAACGAUGACCACCGGUUAAACCCGACGCUCAUCGACUCCAUCCGGGCCGCGCUCCAGCAAGUCAAAGCCAAAUCUACUGGCCCCUCGGCCCUGAUAACCACGGCCCAAGGUAAGUAUUUCUCCAACGGCUACGACCUUAAGUGGGCCGCAAGCAAUGUCGGCGGCGCACAGCUCAUGUCCUCCAAGCUUCGUUCUCUCGUUUCCGAACUAAUCACUCUGCCCAUGCCCACCAUCGCCGCUAUCACCGGCCACGCCUCCGCAGCCGGCUUCGUCUUGGCGCUGUGUCACGACUACCAUCUAAUGCGAAAGGAUCGAGGGUUUCUCUACGUGAGCGAGCUGGAUAUCGGAUACAAGGUUCCUCUCUGGUUUGCGGCUUUGAUAAAGAGCAAAGUUGGCUCGCCAAAGGCACGGCGGGAGAUGAUAAUGAAAGCGGCUAAGCUGACAGCUGAGAUGGCUCUGGAGAGGGGCAUUAUCGACUCGGCGCAUGAUGGCGCGGAGGAGACGGUUGACGCUGCCGUGAAACUCGGGGAGGAGUUGGUGAGAAGGAAGUGGAGUGGACACGUGUACGCUCAGAAUAGGACGGCUGUGCUGGAUGAGGUGUUGAGUACGCUUGGAUUUGACGAAACCGUGGGUGAUUAUGGGAGCUCAACCAAGACUUUUUCAAGACUCUGAGAUAUUCCUUUGUAAUAAUCCUACUCUAUAAAAAAAAAAAAAAAGAGUCAUGUUUGUUCGUUUGUCUUUUUCAUGUUUAAUUUUAAUAGUAUUGGUUUUUGGAAAAUGAGGUGGAAAUUGUGAAAGGAGGAAUACUAGUUGGGGUGGAUUAGGGGCAGGAGCAAUUAUGUUCUAGGUGCUGUCGUCCUUGUUAAAUUGUACUAGCGUACGAGUUCUUUACAAAAUAAUGUAAGGCGUGAUUGAUUCGUGCAA